AUGUCAGCCAAAGGAGAUAUAGGCGUGUCUUAUCUCUCCUUAAUGACUGGUAAACCCCUUUUGCCCCCUGUUAUAGGGCGGGUUGACGGGCAAGGAGAGGUUAUCUUGUCUUCAGUGAUAGCAAAGGCAUCUGCUCUCCCGAUCAUCACACUAUGGAAGCUUGUGCCAUCUUCCCUGUAUAGUGUUGAUGCAAUAUCUGUGAUUAUGAAUAUUAGGCAGAGGAAAUUGCCUUUGAUUGAUUUUAUUAAUCAAGAAUUCGAGGAUUUCGAACUUGCUCCUUUGCGGUAUAGACCAGAGGGCCUCGAUCAGCUGUGCGAGGCCACGAGAUUCACCAAAGAAGAAUUGCAGUUUAUGUACCGGGGCUUCAAGCAGGAGUGCCCGACGGGUGUCAUCUCAGAGGAGACCUUCAAGGAGAUCUACGGGAAAUUCUUCCCCUUGGGAGACUCCGCCAUGUACGCCCACUAUGUAUUUGGCACGAUGGACCAGGAUGGCUCUGGCACCAUCACCUUCGGAGACUUCAUCAUGGGCCUCUCCGUGCUCCUGAAGGGGACGCUGCAGGAGAGAGUCAACUGGAUCUUCAACCUGUAUGACAUCAACAACGAUGGCUACAUCACACGGGAAGAGCUGAUUGACAUCGUGACCUCCAUCUAUGACCUCAUGGGCGACCAGGCCAACCCCUGCGUGGAUGACAGUACGGCCGUGGACCAUGUCGAUAAGGUCUUCCAGAAACUCGACUUGAACAAAGAUGGCGUCGUGACUAUGGACGAGUUUAUGGAAUAUUGUUCAAAGAACGAGAAUGUGAUCCAAUCUCUCAACAUAUUUGACGAGAUCCAUUAACAGAAGGAAGGAGAACCCAUUUUUGGCCACGUUGUUCUUUUUUUAUCUUUUUUUUUAUCUACUCGACGUCCUUCUCAUCGCAGUAAGGAUAUCGAAGCGUUUGGCGAUUCACGAUGAUGAUUAAAACUCGUCGAAUAUUUCUCUUGGUCGAUGGUCGAGUGUGCCGAGCCUCGUCGACGCCAGCAGAGGGUCGAGGGUUCGCCUUUUGGAAGCCUCGGCGACGAUCGUGAGACACGUGGGUGGCCCUUCGAGGCGAGGAGAAUGAUGCUGGGACGGAGAUGGGAGAGGAACGGAGGCUGGGGAUGGGCGUCCUCGCGAGGGGAGCUCAGGGGCGGCGGGGAAUUCAAAAGCUGGGUCCUCGCUCACUCGUCUACGUUCCCUGUUUCCCUCCUCCUCCUCCUCCUCCUCCUGCCCAGGUCCCAACGUAGCUGAAAGGGCUACGAUAUUCUGGAGAAAUAUUUUCCCUGUGUCUUCUUUGCUUUCAUUUCUCUUUUU